CCCACUGCCGCCCACCCCAGACACUCCCUGGCAAGACACGGCUCAGCUGGGUGCCCCGUGCGGCUUCCCCGGGGCAUAGGGACCCCCGCCCCGACGGCUCCCCCGGACAGGCCAGCCGGGUCCUGCCCCUCGUCCUCAGGUGAGCUGGAAGCCCGAGGGUGACCUCGAAGCUGAGCAGCGUCCCCGGUCCAGGGUGAGGUUGGCAGAGGGUUGAAUGCUGACUCUUCCCAAGAGAUGGACAGAGUCACCAGGCAUCUGGUCUUCCAGCUCCCGCAGACCUCGCACAAGCAUGACCAUAACGAUGCUCACCAAGCUGGCUCGUUUGCGGAGCAGAGGGCCAAUAGCGAUGACGACAUGUUUGAUUCCAUUCAACACAGCAGCCAGAGGGUGGAAAAUGGCUAUGGCUGGAAAACGAGGUCAAAGUCAUCCUUGUAUUUCCUGGAAGGUGGAAAGGAUGUCUGGACCCCAUCCCCAGACAGGGAGUCCAAGCUGGAGGUGGUGACGUCGGGAAGCCUGUACGACGUCAGGGCUUACAAAGGCGAGAGGAAACCCUCGAAGCUUUACGAUGAGGAUGAGCAGGAACAGUACAGGGUCCCUCCACCGAGCGUCUCACCCGAGAAAGCCAGGGAGCUUGAGGAUGAGAGGAGGGAGGUCAUCCGGGGCCAGGUGGUGAGGAAGAGCUCCACCGUGGCCGAGAGGUGGAGUUCCAUGGAUGAGCUGAGCUCCAUAAACACUGGCAUGGGCAGCCAGGGUGAAGGCAGGCACAGGGGCAACUUCACCACCAGCUUUGCCAUUUGCUUUGACAAGCCUUCCUCGAGCAGGGCAGCGACGCCUGUUGACCCUGAAAAUAUCGACACGGAGCAGAUCAACUUCUCCGCUGCUCGGCAGCAGUUCCUGUUGCUGGAGCAGACCAACCCAGGCUCUUUUUUCAGCCCAGGGCAACAGGCCAUGUCUCCAAAGCCAGAGUCAAUGACAAAAGUCUCUACGCAAGAGUGGCACAGUCCUGAGAUGGCCACGAAGGCUGCGAGAGGUUACGGUAAUGCCGGUGCAUCCAGCCAGAGCAGGACGGACAAGACUGUUUAUCAGGUUUAUAAUGUGUCCUACAAGACACCUGUGAAGGAGGAGAUUCAUGCUCCCAGAAGGGCUGAAACUGAAAGGUCAUAUCCCACCGGGAAAAUGUCCAGCUUGACUAAAGAAUCUUCCAGAGAGGACCUGGACUCCGGCUUGGGUGAGAUGUAUAAUGAAGCCAACACAGGCUAUGCCAGUGAUGGAAGCACAUCCAACGAGACCUUCAAUGGCCCUGUGGAUCUGAGGGCCAGCAGCAAUGGUCUGGACAAGGAGACAAAGAUCAGCAACGAGACGCCCAUCGAGCGGGAGAUCCGCAUGGCAAUGGAGAGGGAGGAGAGCCUCUGGAAGGAGAGGGGGAUACAGCGGCUGACAUCCAGCAGCGAGCUGGUGGAGAUCCAGACCAAGCCUCUCCUCUCCAUGCAUGCCUCUCCCGGCCCAGGCAGGAAAGGGAAGGACAAAGGCCGUGCUUCCCUUUACGUCCAGAGGGAAAUCGAGCAGGAAACCAAGCGCGAGGAAGAUCUGAAGAAGCAAGGGAGGCUGCUGGGGAUGUAUGACAGGGGGACGCAGCAGGAGCUGGAUGAGCGCAGGAGGGUGUUCGAGCAGGAGGAAGCCCCCCCGCAGAAGCCCACCCCCAUGAAGAACGCAGAUGAGUGGAGGACCUCGAUUAAUGAGUUUGCAGCAGAGCAGCCCACAAGCCAUGGCCCCUGCCCCGCAGAAGCCACCAGGGGUGGGAGAAGACUUCCCAGCUACGCAGCGAGCAUCACGCACUUCCAGGCGUCCCAGCCGCGCUUUGCUGCCAGCGAGAAGAGCCAGGACCAGCCCUUGGUGUCCCAGCACGUUUCCGCCAGCACCAGCAAAUGGGGGAGCGAGGAUUCCUGGGGAGGAAGGCUUCCCGGCUCCACCCUGAGCCCUGCCGGCACAGCUGUCCUGCCCAGAGAGUACUUCUCCUUCUCCUUCUGGAAGCCCAAGGUCUCCUUUGUGGACGACAUGGGGACGCAGAACCCACUAAGGAGGGAUGAUGGCCAGGAGGAGCAGUACAAGCUGCGGACCUGGAAGCCCCAGACGUCAGCGCUGAUCGAGAAGGAGAUUCGGAGUGACUUGCAGAGGGAAGAGGAGCUGCAGGAGCAGCGGCGGCAGCGGCAGCUGAUAGACGGCUACUCCCUGGUCAGCGGCGACGGCAUUCCCCAGGAGGGCUCCCGCUCACGGCACAGCUCCGCUGCCUCAGGUGUCAGCGGCACCUACUCAGUGUCCGGGUCUCCCACCUCCACUCCUGCCUCGCACCAGGCGGGGGUCCUGGGGCUGGUGUCGUCCUUCACCCCACUGAGAGUGGCCGGUCCCUCCCAGGGCAGCACGGAGACCCUCACCCCUGACUCGGCUCGUUCCAGCCCCUUCGAGGAGCGGAGGAGGAGGGUGAAGGAGGAUGGAAAGUAUGCAGGCAUUGAACCCGUUGACAAGAUCAACACAGAGGUUGUGGAAAGCACCAGAGUGAUUCGUCACAAGAGUGCCAUGGCCCAGCGCUGGGAGGCAGGGCAGUACGUCAGGGACGACGAUGACUGAGGGAGCCCUCGGGGCCAGGGGCACUGGACUUUGCCGCGUACUUGCCCUGCUUGGGAUCAACUGACACACGAUCGAAAUACCUAUCAGUUCAGCUCCUGGUUAUCACAAGAAUCAGAGACUUGUACACUGCAAAUCACAUCUGUUUUUAAUAUAACAGAUGAUCCUUCCAAUGCGUUAGAUCUGCUCAUUUGUUUCCCCUUCGAGGUGAGGUAAUUUUUUUUUUCUUAAGAGGGGAAAAAUUGGAUGACUUUCUUUUAAUCAGUUCUGCAAGGAGACAGCCAGAUGAAAUCAUACGGUAAUUUAACUUGUUUCUCAUUGGAAGCUGUGUCUCUGGCUUGCAAAAAAGCUGUUUUAUUUUGCAGUGGUUUUAGAUUUUUAAGUACCCCACCAUCAGGCCUCACAUAGGAGGGUACCUAGGCUGAUGCGUACCUUCGGAUCAAUAUCGGCGUCGAACUGGGAAAUCAACGUUUCUGCUUAACUCGUGAUCGGCUGAGAUGCAGUAAUACGACAUAUGUAUUUCCAUAUAAAUGCUGUUUACUUCGCU